AUGAGUCAUCAUAACUCAACACUCCAGUACCAUUUAGAAAAAAUAAAUUCAAGCAACCAUAAUAGACUUACCUUCAUGUCUCAUGAAAGUCAAAAUAAGUUAUUGUUAAUUAUUGCAGAAAUUAUUAGAUCCGUAAUUGUAAAACAACUCAAAGCAGCUGGAUUAUUCUCUGUUAUCAUUGACACAACGACUGAUGUAGCAAGUCUGGAACAAUUUUCUUUUGUUGUUCUAUAUGUUCAUGAAGGAAGCAUCGAAGAACGUUUAUUAAGUUUGGUUACAGCGUCAGAUGCUACAGGAAAAGGGCUGUAUAAUACUUUUUGUACUCUAACAGAAAUGUAUCAGAUUGAUUGGAAAACCAAAUUAUGCGCUCAAUCGUACGAUGGUGCUGCAGCUAUGCAAGGAGAAUACUCAGGACUACGCACAUAUAUUUAG